GCCCAACUCGCUCUGCACUGCAAGGAGAAGGGAGGCUAUAAAAGUUUUCACCACGCAACCAAGUCGGCUCUUGUGGAAAGUGAAUCGAGCCAGCCAGGGUUGGCUCUGCUGAUUGCAAUUUGUGAAUAUAUCCGUUUGGAUUUUAUUUAGUCCGCCUGUGCAGCCGCCAAUGGUUUUCUGAACCUCCAGGAUUACUUUCGACACCUGACUUUUGCUAUGGCGAUUAUCAAGAUUGCCCUGAUCGCCGUCUUGGCUGUGGCCGUCGCUGCCAGGCCUGGAGACAAAGAUGAUAAGACGUCGCAGCCGUACGAGUUCGAGUACGAGGUAGCGGCCGGAGCCACGCCCCAUUCCGGAGGCAGCAGUCAUCAGGGUCACGCGGAGGCGCGCGUCGGCGACCACUCGGUGGGGCGGUACUUUGUGCAGCUUCCCGAGCAGGGCGCGCACACCCGCGUCAGCUACACCACCGACCUGUGGGGCUUCCACCCCGUCGUCUCCUACGGCUCCAAGAGCUCGUCGACGCGCUUCGCGUUCGGCGACCGCGCCAUCGCCGCCCUCAAGGUCCAGGGCGCCGCCACCAUCAACGAGCCCUCCACCGGCAGCAUCGCCGGCAACCUGCCCGUCAGCAUCGACUCGGCCGCCAAGGUUGGCAACGCCGACGUCACCGAGACCCUGCACAACAUCCAGGCCGCCGGCAACCCUCCCAUCCCCCAGCAGCUGGUCAAGGAUCUGGACAACGCCAAGUUCCACCUGAACGCCGCCAACGGCGCCCCCGCCAACCCCAACAAGCAGGCCGUGCUCGCCCCCGCCCUGGUGCAGCAGGUCACCCCCGCCCCCUAUUUGCACGCCGCCCCCGCCGUCGUCCACCAGCAGGUGCAACACCUCCAGCCCCAACCCGCCCCCGUCGUGCACCACGUUCAGCAGCCCUAUCUGAACAUCCACGAGCAGCAGAGGCAGGUCGCCCCCGUCGUCUACACCGAGUUCAACAGCAACAACCACGUCCUGGCCAACCAGCACCACCCCGUCAGCGUCACCCCCGCGCCCUUUGUCGUCUCCAGCACCCCCGUCGCUCACUACGCCUCCCCCACGCCCGCUCCGCAGCUGCUGCCCAGCCCCCACCCCGUCGUGCACUCCUCCGGGGGCCUCUUCACCGCCUCCACCCUGGCCCCGGCCGCCUUCAGCGUCACCCCCAGGCCAUCCCUGUACCAACACGUCGCCGUCAGCAGCACCCCUCGCCCCAUUUACGUCGCCGACGUUCAACCCCAGGUGCACCACGUCGCCGUUCCCCAGAAGGAAAUCGUCCACGUUGACCGCCCCUACCCUGUCGAGGUGACCAAGUACGUCGAGAAGCCGGUUGAGGUGACCAAAUACGUUGACCGCCCGGUUGAGGUUACCAAAAUUGUUGAAAAGCCCGUUCACGUUCCUUACGAGGUCACCAAGUACGUUGAUCGUCCUGUCGAAGUCACCAAAUUCGUCGAGAAGCAAGUUCAAGUUCCCGUGGAGGUCACCAAAUACGUCGACCGCCCUGUUCAGGUCACCAAGUACGUCGACAGGCCUGUGGAGGUUACCAAGUACGUUGAUCGCCCCGUGCACGUCACCAAGUACGUCGACCGCCCUGUCGAGGUCACCAAAUACGUGGACAGACCCGUCCAGGUGACCAAAUUCGUUGACCGCCCCGUCGAAGUGACCAAGUACGUCGACCGCCCCGUCAUCAAGCACGUGCCCGUUGAGAAGACGGUGGUCGUUCCCGGCCCUACCGUCGAGAAGCACAUCCAGGUGCCCGUCACCAAGGUGGUCCAGGUUGACCGCCCUGUCCACCACGCGGUGCCAGUUCCCGUCCCCCACCCCGUGCCCUACGCCCAGUACGUGCUGAACGUGCCGUACCAGUACGGCGGCGGCUACGGCUACGGCGGCGGCUUCCAGGGCAAGGUCAGGAGCGAGUCUUACGCCGACGCCGCCCUCAAGCUGGAGGGGUGGAGGGCCAACGCCAAGGGCGCCAACCUUUACUCCGGAUACGCCGGUGGCGCCAACCUGUACGCUGGAGGUGCCUCGAAGUACGGCCAGUACACCGAGGCCUACCUCAAGUCAGGGUUCGAGGGCGCUAGUCUCCGCACCGAAGGUGCCGACCUGAGAGGAUUCAAGGUUAGCAAGACCCUGUACCCCGCCGCCGACUACCUGCCGCCCGUCGGCCCCACCAAGGUCACCCUCACCGUCGAGCCGCACUCGCACAAGAUCGACUCCAAGGGCCGCACCCUGUGCGAGCUGCAGGGCAGCUUCAAGCCGCCCUUCGUCGCCUCGCGACUCCUCUCCACCUCCUACGACGACGGAACCUGGUAGAGAGGGUUCGUCUUUGUGUAAUUAAGCAUGUACCUUACAUAGAUAAAUAUAUUGUACACCCCCUUCAAAAGGACUGACGGUCAAACAGUCUCCUCGAUUAAUUAUUGGGAGUCGCGAACACGUGCGAAAUUCUUUUCUCCUCUUUCCUUCGACUCAUUUUUAUAUACAUAUAAAUGCGAUUAUUUUUUUUUCGUAUUCGCGCGCAUCAUCUCCAGUAGUUUUCCUCUUUUUCUCUCUGUCUCUCAUCAUCACGCGCACACGCAUUGAUUUUUAUCUUAUAUUAGGAUGUAUUUUUAACUAACAAAGAAAGUACAGCGUCACUUGUGAUAAAACGGACAAAUUCAUUAAUGGCUUUUUGCUAUCUUUUUAUUAUUUUUUAUUAUAUUUCGCCGUCUAAGCCUCAUGUAACACCCUCCAUGUUGAUUUUAUCUUUAAUUUGUAUUAAUUAUUAUCAUAGGCCAAUUUUCAAAUAGAGUCAAUAUUGGUUGAUUGUGUCAUUAUAGAUAUGUUAGUUCAUUUUUUUGUAAGUGAGAUGUCUUAUUAUUUUGUAUAUAUACAAAUUACGAUGUUUAAUAAAAUUAAAGGAACCUCUUCAUCAGCAAA